CUCGGGCUUCAACACAUCGGCACAAUGUCCUCCGCUAGUGUGGCCUUCUUCUCCGGGGAUCAGUCCGCUCUCGAGCUCGCAAACUAUAUUGGCGUGGCCAAGGGGGAGCAAGCGGAGACUGGUGCCUUUUUUCAAUCGACAAAGCAAUUGCUCUCUGAGGAGAAGUACACGGAGGUGCUAACCAAAUUUGCGAAUGAGAGCGCUGCUUUGCUGGAGGCAACGGAGAAAGAUUUCGAGCCACUGUACAAUCUUCUCAUUGCCUUGAUCAAGGAUGCUCAACCCGAAAUCGUACCCAAACUCGUAAACAGCAUCAUCCAGCCAAUCGUUGCUAGCGGCACCGACAAGGCCAACUUGAGACUCAAAGUUCUUUCGAACCUCUACAACAACCUUGAGAGCAACUCUCCUGUCCGUUACGAUGUGUUUGUAGCAAUUUUGAACGUUGCGGCUGAGACCGGCGAGCUGGACGUUCUUGUUCCCCACUUGUUGUCUUUGGAUGCUUGGAUUGCGGAAUGGGGUGUGGCAUUAAACCAGAGAAGAGCAUUAUACCUUCUCAUCAGCCAAAAAUUGGAGCAGAGCGGGGAAUACACUCGUGAGGCGUACGAGUUUCUACUAAAAUAUCUUGCCACGUUCGACAAUGGAGAUGCAAAGUCACUGCAAGAGGCAAAGGAUGCUGCUAUUCGUGCAGUGAAGGAGGCUUUCCGCAUCCCCACGGUGCUUGAUUUCGAGGACUUGUUCAAAUUGCAAGCUGUCCAGGCUCUCAAGCCAAGCAAGCUUUUUGACCUCCUUAAGAUUUUCUUGGACGAAAGCCUGAAACAAUACCAGGAGUUUGUAAAAGCAAAUCCUGGGUUCAUUGACGAACACGGACUUUCGGAGGAGGACAAUCUCACAAAGAUGCGCCUUCUAUCUAUGGCAAGUUUGGCUGCUGCAAAUGUCCAGGGAGAGGUUGCGUAUGACACCAUUGCUCAAACUCUCGACGUUCCGGAGGAUGAAGUGGAGAUUUGGGUCAUCAACGUAAUUCGGGCUGGGUUGAUGGACGCCAAAAUGAAUCAGUUGAAGCGCACGGUUGUUGUGGGUCGAUCGGUCCACCGAGUAUUCAGCGAGACAGAAUGGCAACAGUUGAACGAUAAAUUGAAUGCAUGGAAGGCAAAUCUAAAAGAUGUCCUUCAGGUUAUUUCAAAUGCAAAGUUGAUUGCGGGAUCACAAGGUGCUACUAUCGAAACCGUUAUUACAGCAUAAUGCGGUGGAGCGAUAUAGUAAAAUAGAGAGUGGGUAGGAUAGGCUGUAGAGAUUUGUUUUCUUUUUGUAUAUCACAUUUCAUCCCAAAUGCCCAUCAUCUUUUGUGUCGAUCUUGAGAACACGUGAUAUGUCAUGGCAACAAGCA